CCGCGGGUCUGCCGAGGUACCCCAGAUCGGGGUUACAUCACCGCCUCCCGGGCAGAGCUAUCCCGCCCGCAUUCAUAUGCUUUUAUGCUGUAUCUGUGUGUCCGGUCAAUACGCCGCACAGCAUCGUCCCCCCCCAUCAACCAAACAGAGCAUCACACGGGUCGCAAAUUCCCAUCAGGUAGCCGUCAGACCCUCCCGCAAUGGCCCCGAUGCUCGAGUUCCGCACGCAGGGCUACAACCCGUACGCCGUUAAGUACUCGCCCUACUACGAUUCACGCAUCGCCGUCGCAUCUUCGGCCAACUUUGGCAUCGUUGGCAAUGGCCGCGUCUUCUGCCUCGCCUUAACGGCGCGGGGCGUCGAGGUCGAGACGACAUUUGACACGAACGACUCGCAAUACGACCUGGCCUGGUCCGAGAUCAACGAGAACCAGCUUGUCGUCGCGUGCGGCGACGGCUCCAUCAAGCUCUUCGACCUGGGCGUCAAAGACUUCCCCGUCAUGAACUUCCACGAGCACAAGCGCGAGACCUUUUCAGUCAACUGGAGCCCCAUAACAAAAGAUACCUUCGUAUCAAGCUCGUGGGACGGCACGAUCAAAGUGUGGUCCCCGACCCGCGAACACUCCCUCCGCACUCUCCCCGUCGGCAACUGCACCUACUCGGCCUCCUUUCAGCCCUCGAAUCCGCACGUCAUCUCGGCCGUCUCGUCCGAUUCCCAGAUCCGCAUCUUUGACCUUCGCACGCCCGUCUCCUCGCGCUACCACCUGACGUCCAUGAUCCCCGUCCACGCCGCCGGCCCGUCCUUCCCCUCCGCCGCGCCCGCCGAGGUUCUCACCCACGACUGGAACAAGUACCGCGACACCGUAAUCGCGACGGGCGGGGUCGACCGCGCUGUGCGCACCUUUGACAUACGGAACCUGACAGCCGGGCCCCUGGCCGUCAUGCAGGGGCACGAGUACGCCGUGCGCAGGCUGGCAUGGAGCCCGCACGCGAGCGACCUGCUGCUGACAGCGAGCUAUGAUAUGACGGUCAGGUUGUGGGACGACCGGUCGAACGCGCCGCCCACGGGACCACCGGGUGGCGCGCAGGUCGGCGCGCAAGUCGGCAUCAUGAACCGACAUACCGAGUUCGUCGUCGGUGUGGAUUGGUGUCUGUUCGGUGUCGGGGGCUGGGUUGCAACGGUCGGCUGGGACGAGAGGGUUCUUCUCUGGGACGCGAAUGCGCUCUUGGCUGGCCGGUAGCAGAAGAAGGGCGAGCGUUUGAUUUAGGUUGGUCUGGGUUGGUUUGGUUUCUGUUUUGGUGGCGCUCAAGAUGCUCCUCUUCAAGGAGGGAGGAGGUGUUGAGCUCUUUUACUCUUUCUAUUUGGCUUCCUUGCUGGGGCGUUGAGGAUUUCAAGAGGCAGCGUGCAUAGCCGAUUUGAAACAAAGGGAUCGACUUUUUGCAUGUGCUCCGACGGCACUGGCUGGCGUUGAUAGGAACAGGCCUUGACAUUUUAUGUUUGAAGGGGAAUCUACUCGGAUGUAGAGUUAGAAAAGAAGCAUUUAUGCAAUGGUUGUUAGUGUAUGGCAGCGACAUCGCGUAAACUCCUUAGUCUUAUGAGCCUUGACCGCAUCGACCACACACGAAUAAUGCU